AUGAACAAGUACAUUGAGUGGCAUAGGAGCUGUGCAGAUACUGAGACAAUGACUAAUUUGUUCUUUGCACAUCCUACUAGUUUGAAGUCGUUAUGUGCAUUUCCAAAAGUAUUGUUGAUGGAUUGUACUUAUAAGACCAAUCGGUAUCGGUUGCCCCUUCUAGAGAUUGUAGGUGUGACAUCGACAGACAUGACCUUUUCAAUUGCAUUUGCAUACCUCCAGUAUGAGAAGAAGGAUAACUAUACAUGCAAACUUGGUCUUUUGCAUAGUGUCAUGGAUGAAAAUACUCUUCCUUCUGUUAUUGUCACAGAUAGAGAAUUGGCCCUUAUGAAUGCCAUAGUUACGGUGUUUCCUGCAACUACGAAUUUGUUGUGUAGAUGGCAUAUUGGAAAAAAUGUGCUUGCUAAAUGCAAAAAGAUGUUUGAGACAAAGGAUAAAUGGGAAAUGUUUAUAAUGAGUUGGAAUAUGUUGGUUAUGUCAUCGUCUGAAGAAGUAUACAUGCAACGACUAUUUUUGUUAUAUAGUGAGUUCAGUACUUAUCAAGAUGCACUUCAUUAUGUUACCUCAUCUUGGUUGGAUCCAUACAAGUCGAAAUUUGUGGCUGCUUGGACUGACACAUUUAUGCACUUUGGAAAUUCUACAACAAAUAGCAAGAUAGUUGUGCAACAUGAUUUCAAACCUACACGGUUUAAGGAGCUUCAUGGUAAUGUCUCAAUUACUGCAUUAGAGAUCAUAUUGGCAAAGUCUAAACGAGUAUCUUCUGUUGGUAUUGAUAUUACUGCAUGUGGAUGUGUUGUUCGACGUACUCAUGGUUUGCCAUGUGCACAUGAGAUAGCAAAUUACAUGAGGGAAAAUCGGCCAAUUACCCUCACUUCGAUUUAUUCAUAUUGGACUAAGCUUGAUAUAUUGAGUACCCCACACAUCGUAAGUGAAGAGUGGACUUGUUCACUUGAGUUAGAAUUGUUUGCCAAACGAUUCGAGGAGGUGGAUCCAGAUGUGAAGAGGUUUUUGUUACAAAAAUUGAGGGAGUUAACCAAACCUAAUUGUACAUUUUUUAUUGAGCCAGAAGUGAAGUCUAAUCCAUGGGGUCGGCCAAAAUUGAAGAUUGAGACCUCCACUCGUUGUGAGUCAUCUGCGUUUGAAAUAGUUGCUUCAGCACAAGAUAGUUAUUCACCCGAAGUCAUUGCCAAGGCGAGUGUAACAACAAGAAAGGUGAAAACAAAGAAGAAAGAAAAGGUUCACCAGCUUCGAUCAUUGAAUCCAAAUUGUUUUUUAGAGGCAUUCCCUUCUGAAUUGAGACGAUAUAUUAAAUACGUUAAGGAUGUUGCAGCAUAUGGCAAUUGUGGGUUCUGA